GGGAGCGCUCUUGCUGUAACAGCUUUUUCCAUUCGAAGCACCAAACGAUAAGAAAGACCUCGAUUAUUCUCACCUUCGCUAAAGGUUAAUUGACUGUAACAUAUCAUUUUUAGUCCAACCCAAUUGCUCAUCUUGGUAGUCCUAGAGGAAAGCAUUAUUUUUGAUGACAGAAACCAGAAUUUCAUCCUCCAGCAACAUCUCGACGUCUAUGAACAGGAAAGGCUAUCGGAAAGGUUUGCAGCAUCAGAUACAUACCUCGAACGAAACAACGAGUGGUUUGGAUGAAGACAUUGGCGACCAUAAUAAUGCUUUCGAUGUCCUAAGCGAAGGCUCGUGCUCUCCAUUUGACGACUGCAAAGACAACAUGGAUACAACAAGAACUCAAAUUCCCUUGAAUGAAAGUAGUAGAUCGAAGUUUUCCGUUCCUCAUCAUGGAAAUGUGGACGAACAUGGCGACAAAAACAAAAURGAAAACGAAACAUCCAAGAGWUGCAAUGUCUUUGAUGAUAGUCUCAAAAUUUGUUGUAUGGAAGAGAACGUCGUUGAAGAAAGCGAUGCAGACAUGGUAGACCGGACAUUCGAUGUUCGAAAGAUGCAGCACCAAGAAGGACCGGAAACCAGAACGGAUUCAAUAUCAACAACCACGUGUUCAUCUGGGAGCAAUAUCGUUUCGUCGUGUACCGUUUCGAGUUCUCUCUUCAACGGAGACGAUAGCGCUCGUUUGAGCAAUAUGGAGGCUUGCUGGAACAGCCACUCCUCUUUGUUUAGUAACCUCGAUGCGAACCCAUCCCUGUUUUCGUUUUUCGUGUCAAAAGAAAAACAGCAAGAAGAUCAACAGCAAGAGCCGCCCGACGAUGAUGCACUAUCCGUGAGCGAGAACAGCGAAUUUUCCGAUGACGCCCUGGCUUCGCUGGUAUCGAGUAAGAAYGCGAAGGACCACGACGACUGCACUGUUACUACGACUUCCCUAACUCAGACUCAUCCUUCUCCUCAAUCGACGAAGGAGACUGCGGGAAUCGCCGAGCUGCGCCCCUCUUCCAGAUCCCAUCUUGUUUGUAACAAACCCAACACCUUUCUCUUGUUUGAUGAACCCGGACACUCCGACGUUAAGAACAAAGUAAUCCGUUUCGCUUCCAAGGUGGAAACAGUGAUUGGAGAAGAUGAGGACUUUGACGAAGCCGACCUGUUCGAUGGCGCAAGGUCCGACAAUGCGCGAAAAGGCUUUGCCAGCAUCGGUGGCUCCCUGAGUAGUGGAGGGGGGAGUAUGCAUCCCAGUCAGCACGUGGUUGGAGGAGCCCGUUCCAUUCGAAAUCUAAUAGAAGAACAAUCGCCCUCCUCCUCGUUGUUCGAAGGACACGACCUAUACAACAACGGAGGAGAUUACAUAUACAACGACGAUGAUGCUUCCAUCGUGAGUURUAAUAGUGAAGAGGAACGGAUCGAGCAAGGAAAUAAUCGCAUUAGACGACGAUUGAUGCUUUAUGUGGUUGGAUCUGCAAUUGCUUCAACAUUUGUCUCCAUCUCCAAUCGCCUUUCUCGGAUGUAUGACACCCCCGACGAAGUAGCAGCUGACGUAGUAAGUGACAAYGCUAGUCCUGGAGUGGAACAGGUGCUCAAAACYGUUGCCGGAGGAGAUGGGAUUAAUAGUGGAAGUGCCGCUGCAUACAGCAAGGCUUCUGCCACGUCGUUCGCCCCAACACAGAUGGUAGCAAACACAUCUACCAGUGCCACCGCUUCGUCGGUAACAACAACAUCGGGUGUUGUCACGCAAGUAACCCAAACCAUGGCAAUSAAGGCCGUAUCCAAUUUUGUUGGCAGUGCCACUUCGAUUUCAUCAACCACGGUAUCUAAAACAACUAUAGGGAAAGGAAUAAUAGGAAUCAGAACAGGGACCGGAUGCGCAUCAAUAGCAGCCAUCCCAGGGGGUGGUACCAUCAAGUCAGUGCUUAUCACGUCCGUCUUGGGCAUAGCUGCAAUUGCGGGCACCUCCACUUUAUUAGUGCCCACGACCGACACCCUCCUUGCGCAACAAAACUUCAUGCUUCCGUGUCCACACGAGGACACUGACGUUCAGAGCGAAAUUAUUCGGUUUACUCUAGACRUCCCRCCCCCGGAAAACGGGUCCGAAAACAUUUUCGGCACCGAAACAAUCCAAAAGAACGUCUUGGAAGAUAUGUUUGCUUCUGUCUACAACGAUCUCACUGAUUCAGGUUGUAAUGAACUAUUUGAACGACGAAUUGAUCCAGGMGGUGUGAGCCUUAUUACAUUCUCCGACGAAAACAACAUGCUAGAAAGUCAAUGGAAGGUCACAGUCACCUGCUGGGAGGAAUGUCCAGAGGAGCCCRCAUUYGGUGCUACCCGAAAGUCGGAAUCGAUUGGAAUGGGAAGAAGACUUCAAGAAGCAACCGACACAGAGCAAAGUGGCGGUGUGAACRAGAAAACAAUGCCRAUAAGCAAGAUAGAGUUCCGCACGCUAYUCGAACAAGGCUUGAGAUCUCUCCUGGCGGCUCAUUCAACCCCUUUCUAUAACAUCAAACCCAGUGCAUCCUCUGGGGGGGAUUCAAGCAAUCGAUCAAGUGACACCCCCUCCUAUCUUCCAAGUUCUAUACCGAGUGCCAUAAUAGUAGWAUUACCAUCUUUUGGUCCAAGUAGAUCUCCAAGCGACAAACCGUCCRAUAUUCCUUCAAACAAACAGUCGUCGUAUCCRAGCGAUGUACCCUCUGGCUUCCCAUCAACYAUUCCGAGUGCCASAGCAUCUCUUUUUCCAACAAGAUCGCUUACUGAAGUUCCUAGUGUAAUGCCAUCAAAUACGCCAUCGAURUUACCAUCUUUCGACCCAAGUGGAUCUCCAAGUGUAGUGCCAACAAAUACGCCAUCGGUAUUACCAUCUUUGGAUCCAAGCGGAUCUCCAAGCGAAGGGCCAUCUGAGAUKAAGUCAARUGUAUCAUCUUCAGCUCCAACGAGUGCGCCCUCUACCCUUCGACCUUUCACACCAAGCGGCAGCCCAUCUAUAGUAACAUCGGGGUCACCAAGCGGCACUCAUAGCCUAUCGCCAAGUGAAGAACCUAGCAUACAAUCGAGUAAAAUUCCAUCGAGAACUCCAUCCGAACUUCCUUCAAUAGUACCUAGUCCGAUACCUUCAGAACCACCUACAAAUAUUCCAUCAGAGAUUCCGUCMACAGGACCUAGCUCCGUGCCCUCUGAGUCUCCGAGUUAUCUUCCAUCACGAUCUCCAUCUCAACUACCUUCAAAGAUACCAAGUACAAUGCCUUCUAGACAUCCGAGCGGCACUCCAUCAAAGACCCCCUCCGUUCUUUCUUCAGAAACGCCAAGUUCGAUUAUUUCUGAGUCUCCAAGUGASAGUCCAUCGGAGGUUCCGUCUAUCCUUCCGUCAGCAAACCCCCUUCCGAUGCCUUCUGAAUCUCCUAGUGAUCUCCCGUCAGGAACUCCCUCWGGCUUCCCCUCAAAAUUGUCAUCAUCAACACCAAGCUCAAGUGAAACGCCAUCGGGAAUCCCUUCUAGCAUGCCUUCGAGAAAAARCAGUUCGAUGCCGUCAGAUAUUCCGUCGAYACUACCUUCAACAAUACCUACUUUAGCGCAUUCUGAAUCUCCAAGCAAUAUUUCGUCCGGAACUCCCUCCACUCUUCCUUCMGCAGCACCUUCUAGAAUACCAAGCGCCAAACCAUCAGAGUCUCCUAGUGAUACUCUAUCGGGGCCUCCCUCUWAUCUGCCUUCAAGAACACCAACUUYAAUGCCAACACUGUCUCCUACUGAUAAUCUAUCGGGGCCUCCCUCUGAGUUUGCGUCAGUAACACCUAGCGCCGUGCCUUCAAAUAAUCCAACUGAUACAUCAUCAGAAGCUCCCUCUAAGCUUCCAUCCGCAAUACCUUCCAAAUUUCCGUCAACAAAGCCAACUGAUGUUCCUACUGAUCAGCCUUCAAAUACGCCUACUGGUACGCCAACUGAGCAGCCUUCAAAUACGCCAACUUAUACGCCAACUUAUACGCCAACAAAUACGUCAACUAAUUCUCCCACGGAGCAGCCUUCAAAUACGCCAACUUAUACGCCAACAAAUACGUCAACUAAUUCUCCCACGGAGCAGCCUUCAAAUACGCCAACUGAUACUCCUACUGAGAAGCCUACGAAAUUGCUAACGCUAACGGGAGAUACUCCAACUGACGAUCAAUCGCCUACAAAUUCGCCAACUGGUAGUCCAACGGAACAAGGUUGUUGCUCUCGAUAUUUUGACCAAUGUAUAGAAACUUCAGMGUGCAGCGUACAUACAAUAGACUACUGCGAGAAUCAAUGUGUUUAUUCUGGARUGAAUGGUCCGGGUAUACUCUAUUGGCUACCAAGCGGAGGACCAACGCCCAGUGGGUGUUUGAAGCGAUAUCAUACCAAUUGUUAUGGAAMCUCUCCGCCGACACCGUGUUGUGAGCCCGCCGUGUGCGUAGCACUCACUGUGACGAGUUCAAUGUGUCUACAUCCGGACGAAAUUGGUAACCCUUUAAACGGAAGCUAAACCAUAAUAAUGGCAAAGUGUAUCGGAAAUUAAGACUUCUUGGAGCAUACCAAUAAUAACCCAAUAUUGUGCGUGUUGUAUAAAUUAUGAAUUCACUA